AUGUCGAUUGCUGAUCAUUUGAAACAAAUGAACUCCUCUACUUCUUACACGCAAUACUCUGUUUGGAAGGUGGCUAAGAUUAAUAAUGGGAAUAACUGGGCUAUUCCCUCGACUUUUGACAGCCAUAUUUCUUCACUCAUUCAAUCUGUUAGUAUUGAUAGUCUUGAGGAGAAACAUUACUGGCUAGGCAAACAAAAUCCUAAGUUCCAGGAUUUUCGUACAACUUUCUAUAGAAACCUGGAUACUGUUACUUGGUACAAAUUUGUGUGGCAUAAAAAAGCUGCUCUUCGUUAUUCUAUUUACGCCUGGCUUGCUUUUAGAGGAGGAUUGAAAACAUAUGAUGUGUUGGCUGACCGUGGGAUUAUCACACAUAACACUUGCAGUUUUUGCCAAUGUGACCUUGAAACUCUUUCCCACUUAUUCUAUGAAUGCAGUUAUACUUUCAAUGUCGCCAAAACUUUACUCCCUUGGCUCAAUAGCCUAAUGAUGAGGCCGAACCUGCAUCAGGUCUAUGAUAGUAUCUUUGAGCAAGGUUUUAAUAAUCAUACCAGGAAUUUCUACCUCCUAACUGCUUCUGCCACUAUUUACUUCCUAUGGAGAGCUAGGAAUGAAAGGAUAUUUGGUGGUAUUAUCGAGUGCCAAGCCACACUUAUAGCUAAAGUCAGAAAAGCUAUCAUUCUGAAAUCUAAUGGCUGGAAUCAACAUUGA